UUUACCCUGACUCUUCAAGUGAGCAUAGCUCUGCUAUACAGCUGCAACAUGGACGUAAGGACCCUGACUCUUCUCAUCCUCCUGCUGGGGACAAUCUGCCUCUCUUAUGAGAAACCGGUCAGCUUGACUUACCGAUGUCCCUGCAGAUACUUUGAAAGCAACGUGGCCAAGAGCAACAUCAAACACCUGAAGAUCCUCUCCACCACCAACUGUUCACUGCAGAUUGUGGCUCGUCUUAAACACAAUGGGAAACAGAUUUGCUUGGACCCCAAGAUUAAAUGGAUCCAGGAGUUCCUGGAGAAAGCUAUGAACAAGUAAGCAGGAGACUGCAGAUAUACAGCUUCCACCGCGGCAUGAAAUGUGUUAAGACACAUAAUCCAUGGGCACCCAUACACCUGUAUCCCGGAAUCUUGUAAUGUAUCUUGUGCUGAGCCUUAUAGGACCCUCAUGCUGCCCAGUGCCUGAGGGUCCUCCUUCAAACUGCCGGAACAUCCUUAAUAAGC